GUUACGAGAACUAAAAUCACAGUACCAAGACAUUUCGCAAAUAUCAUAGUUCAGCAAUCAGAACAGGAUGACAACAAAACUCGUUAUCUUAAUUCUGGCCACCAUAGGGAUUGCACUGGGAGGCUUUCCGGAUGAUCCUAAGCCCUGUAAAUAUGGUGAUGCAGAGUGUAUUGGUAAACUUUUCGAGUAUUUUGUUAGCCAAAAACCUAAGGGUGAUGACAGUAUCGGAUUGACCUCCAUCGACCCUUUGCCAGUAAAAAAAAUCCCAGUGAGUGUCGGAUCUGAUAGCCCCGUCAAUAUUGAUUUGUCUAUUUACGAUGGAAAAUCAGUUGAUAUAGCGACUUUAAAAUUUAUCAAAAUGAAGGGAUUUGGCAAGGAUAUUGCAGUAAAUCAUGAAAUUGUAAGCAAAUCAGAAACCCUCACCACUACCGGCCAUUAUAAUCUUACCGGAAAAGUUCUACUUUUACCCAUUUCCGGAAGUGAUACAUGCAACAUCACAUUGAUAAAACCAACACUUACAUUCGGAUGGACUGGAGUUCCUUAUGAAAAGGAUGGGGAAACCUAUAUGAAACUCGACAAAUUUUAUCUUCAUUUGGAACCACAAGAAGUUAUUGUGAACUUCAACAAUCUCUACAAUGACAAAGCUUUGUCCGAUAAUAUGAAUCACAUCUUAAAUGAAAACAUGAAAGAUCUCUAUCCCGAGAUGGCGGAACACGUCGACAAAGGCUUUAGUAACAUUGUUCGUAAAGUGCUUAUGAGAGUUUUUGCCAAAUAUCCUUAUAAUAAGUUUUUCAUGAAUUAAAUGAGUUCAAUUGAAAUCAAUGAUUCAUAAAAUGUUUAAGAAGUUUAACAGCUAAAAUGUUUAGGGGAAUAAUAAGAUAUGUAUUAAUGGAAAUAAAAAUAUCCAAAACCAUUUGAAA